AUGAUGCUGAGGAAAGGAAAUCUUUUCAUAAGAAAUUUACGUUACAUUACAAGAAUGUUUCACAACGAGGCCAUUACUAUAGGCAGCGAGCAAGACACCAAGUCACCGGAGUACCAGGAAAAUUACGUACAAAUGAAAUGUCUGGUAGACAAGUUAAAAAAGACAGUCGAGAAAAUCGUAGAAGGUGGGGAAUACAAGGCGAGAGAAAGACACGUAAAGAAAGGGAAACUUUUACCGCGAGAGCGAAUUAACACGCUUCUCGAUGCGACAUCUCCUUUUCUCGAAUUUUCUCAACUAGCUGGCUUCGAAUUGUACGACAACGAGGAAGUGCCAGCUGGUGGAAUCAUCACUGGCAUUGGUAGAGUAGAAGGCACCGAAUGUGUAAUAAUUGCGAAUGAUCCGACUGUGAAAGGAGGAACCUACUAUCCAAUCACGGUGAAAAAGCAGCUAAGAGCGCAAGAAAUUGCGGAAGAGAAUCAUUUACCAUGUAUAUAUUUAGUAGACAGCGGUGGUGCCAAUUUAUCUAGGCAAGAUGAGGUGUUUGCAGAUAAAAUGCAUUUCGGACGGAGCUUCUACAAUCAGGCUAUUAUGAGUUCAAACGGGAUCGCGCAAAUUGCAGUAGUAAUGGGAAGUUGUACGGCAGGCGGUGCGUACGUGCCAGCUAUGGCCGACGAGAACAUAAUCGUUGGCAAUCAAGGAACCAUAUUCUUGGCUGGUCCACCGUUGGUGAAAGCUUCAACUGGCGAAGACGUAACCGCGGAGGAUUUGGGCGGUGCGGCGCUUCAUUGCCGUACCUCUGGAGUGACCGAUCAUUACGCCGUGGACGACACUCACGCCUUGUACUUGGCACGACAGGUUGUAAGGGACUUGAACAGGCAAAGACCGAUGCACGUGAACGUGGACAAACAGGUGGACAUACCGUUGUACCCUGUCGAUGAAAUUUAUGGCAUAGUCGGUACUAACUUAAAACGACCGUAUGACGUAAGAGAAGUGAUCGCGAGGAUCGUCGAUGGAUCGAGAUUUCGCGAGUUCAAGGCUCAAUACGGGGAAACGUUGGUUACCGGGUUCGCGAAAAUUUACGGUUACCCUGUGGGAAUAGUGGCGAAUAAUGGCGUGCUGUUCUCGCAGAGCGCGUUAAAGGGUACACAUUUCGUGCAGCUCUGCGCCCAGAGAAAGAUACCGCUUAUUUUCUUGCAGAAUAUUACAGGGUUUAUGGUGGGCAAGGAUGCAGAGGCCGGAGGCAUUGCUAAAAAUGGAGCAAAGAUGGUGACUGCCGUUGCAUGCGCUCGAGUACCGAAAAUUACGGUGGUGAUCGGUGGCUCGUACGGAGCAGGAAAUUUCGGUAUGUGUGGUCGAGCUUAUUCACCGAGGUUCCUUUAUACCUGGCCAAACGCCAAAAUAUCCGUGAUGGGAGGACAACAGGCCGCGGAUGUGUUUGUGCAAAUUACCAAGCAGAAACGCAUUCGCGAUGGGAAACAGGUACGAUCUUUACAAUUCGUUAAUUAAUUUUGAUACUAAUGUUGCCAUUUGCGACAGUGGACCACAGAGGAAGAGGAGAACCUGAAGAGACCGAUUAUAGAGAGAUUCGAAAGGCAGGGUAGUCCAUACUAUGCCAGUGCCAGGUAAAUUUGCGUUAUAUCUUUGUUACUUUUUUCACUUUCACAAGAAGAUAACGAUUAGCUUAUUUGUUAAGUUAUAAGCUAAUUUAAUUGUAUGCUCAUUCAAGUACAUUGUUCUUCAGACUUUGGGACGACGGUGUGAUCAAUCCAGUCGACACCAGAGUGGUAUUAGCUCUCAGUCUAUCGGCAGCGCUAAACGCACCCAUACCAGAAAGUAAGUUCGGAAUUUUCCGAAUGUAAAAAGCUUGCCUGUUCAACAAUGACCUGCCAAUGACCUGCAAUUAUGAAAGCACGACUCGACGUCUGUAGCUUCUCCUACGAUAUUUCAGGCCAAAGAUAUAUUUUUUUAUGCAGAGUUAUCAUCCAUAUACGAUUGUUAA